AUGGAACUUUAUGGAAGCCUCUCAACUGUCAAGGCAUCGACGACGGAUACUACAACCUUGUCUACUUCGAAUAUUGUCCAAUCCAAUGAUGGAAGUAGUUCAAUUGAUAGAGUCAUUGAUUGGUCCCAGAUUGAGAUAGCACCUGCGAAUGAAGAUGAAAUUGAUGUUCCUAUAGCAGAAGAGAACUUGUGCUUGAUGCUAGGAAUUAAUGAUACAUCUGGCCAUCAACGAGCUAUAGCCGUAGCAGCUAUCGAAGCCUCCAUUGAGAAUAUCAACGACUGUAUGGAUGAUAUUGAUGAGAAUUUACUUGUUGAUGCGGCUUUCCCUGUGCCUGACAAUAUGCUCGAAGAGAAACAUUUCUGGUAUGAUGAAGAGCAUCCUGUGAUAGAGGAAGGUUCCUUAUUCUCUUCGAUGGAAGAGUUCAGGAUGCUCUUGAGAACAUUUGCUAUUAGAGGAAAGUUUGACAUUCAGAUAGAGGCUAGUGAUACUACUCGAUUUAUAGGUCGCUGUAAAGGAAAAAUAUGUCAUUGGAGAAUAACAGCUAGGACAAUAGAAGAUGGAAAAACAAUCAGGGUUAACAAAAUAGUAAGGCCUCAUAAUUGUUCGUCAACAGCUGAAGUGGUCUCAAGCAUGGCAGACCAAGCAUGGGUGGCAGAAAAGUCAAUUCCCAUACUUCGGACUGAACCAAACAUCGGUGCUGCGGAUCUGCAAAAAAGGUUAUAUGUUGAGUACAAAGUUACUACUGGGUAUCAGACUGUUUGGAAGGCCAAAGAAAAAGCCAUGGAAAAAUUAUAUGGCACAUGGGGACAUAGCUUUCAAAAUCUCUGGAACUUCAAAGCUGAGAUUGAGAAGAGAUCUCCAGGUAGCAUUGUAGAGGUCGAUGUGAAGAGUGAAGGAGGUAAAGUGUAUUUCCACAGAUUUUUUAUGGCACUCAAGCCAUGUAUUGACGGCUUUUUGAAUGGUUGUAGACCAUAUGUUAGUAUAGACUCAACUUUUAUGAAUGGAAAGUGGAAUGGUCAGCUAGCAGCAUGUACAGCACUAGAUGGACAUAACUGGAUGUUUCCUUUGGCAUUUGGAUUCUUUUCAUCAGAAACCGAGGAUAAUUGGAAUUGGUUUAUGCAACAAUUGCAUAGGGCUAUAGGGCAUCUUCAAAAUCUAGCUAUUUGUACAGAUGCAUGCAAAGGGUUAGAGAAUGCAGUUAAAAACGUGUUCCCUCAAGCAGAGCAAAGGGAGUGCUUUAGGCAUCUAAUGGGGAAUUUCAAAAAAAAGUUUCAUGGAGACGUGUUUGGUCGGAUGUGGCCAGCAGCCAAGGCUUACCGUGUAGAAACAUUUAACUACCAUAUGGCCAAGAUAUUGGAAGCUAAACCUGAGGUAGCUACCUACUUGAGUACUUAUCAUAAGUUAAAGUGGAUGAGAUGCGACUUCAACAUGGAAAUAAAAUGUGAUUACAUUCACAAUAAUCUAGCAGAGAGCUUCAAUAGCUGGAUCAAAGGAAUGAAGGACCUUCCCCCAGAUGAGCUAGCAGACUCAGUAAGAGAGAAAAUCAUGAAGCUUUUUCAUAGGCGGAGAGAGGUUGGGAAAUUGCUCCGUGGAAUUAUACUACCUGCUAUCAUUCAACAGAUAAAUAAUAGGACUAGAGAACUUGGUCAUUUGGAAGUUGGAAGAUCAACAGGAGAAAGUUGUGAGGUCAAGGACACCAACAAGAAUAACCUUAGGCAUGUUGUGAAGAUAGGCAGUCGUGAGUGCACUUGCCUAGAAUGGCAGCACACCGGGAAGCCUUGCGAUCAUGCACUUGCUUUCCUUAUAGGGACCGCAAAUACCAACUUUCAUCCAUAUGUGCAUGACUACUACUCAGUGAGCAUGUUUCGGGCAGCUUAUGCUAGAGAGAUUGAACCCAUCACAGACAAGUCUCAGUGGCCUCAGGUUACUCUAGAUUUUGAGAUGGUGCCACCAAUUUCAAAAAGACCCGUUGGUAGGCAGAGGAAACUGAGAAUCAAAGGUUGUCUUGAAGAUGGUGGAGUUAGCAGCAAAGGGAAGAAAAAGGUAGAUGGCAAAGGAAAAGCGAAGGACGACGGCGAUGAUGCAAAAGAGAAAAAGAGAUUUGGCACCACAAAUAGAUGCAAACAAUGUGGACAGCUGGGGCAUAGAAAAGCAACAUGUGAAGAAAAUGGACCUAGAGAAAGAAAGAAAAAGGGCAAAAAAAAUCAUAAAGAUGAAGAUCAACUAUCUACAGAGGUGAUUGAGCAAGAGGUAUUUUCAGCUGUUGUUGGGACACCGAAAAGAGAUACAAUCACAUUGCCUCCAAGUCUUCGUGACAGCCCUGUGCCUGUUACGAGGAGGAGACUUGCUAUGGCCAUGGCCGAAGGUGGCGCUACCGAGGGUGGCGCAUCACCGCCACCAGUGACAACUACUACAUCUCCGGCUACACCUAGUUUUGAUGUGCCUUCAAGUUCCAAUGCAUCCAAGAAAAAAUUAACUCCAAGGAGGAGGAAACAAUGAUUUUAUUGUGUCAAGACUUCGUUUUCAAUUCUAAGAUGUGUUGCCUUUCUUUGUUUGUUGAAUAAUAUGCACAGAGAAUUUAAUAUUUUUAGUUAAACUCUGAAUUGUG